AAUUUGAGCAUCCUGAAAAGUUGCUAGUUUUAUGUCCCUACCGUCCCUACAGUAUGCAAACCUGCGCCCUUGCCCCGGAUGAGUGGGCAAGCACGUACUCAUCCAAAAUACACAUUGUCAUUUCCCAAUUCUUUGAUUCUGUGAGAAAGAGAGGUGUUGAAAAGAAAGCAGUGGCGGGUGGUAGCAAUGCAGGAUUAUCGGGCAUGGACAUCAAGCAAAGACGCUAAUAGGAUCAAGCUCCAAGUGGAAAGAGCACAAAUAGAUGUGCUGGCAAGUGGCAAACAAUCCACAUACAGUGUUUUGAUUUUCUUGUCUGCUCUUUUGCUGCAUCUUCAAGCAGCUUCCACAUCUGAGACCAAAAGCAACGAGAUGAAGGUCGUGCUCACUCUGCUUUUCCUGACAUCACUGGUCACGAUUAUCAGCGGUGCCUCGGACAACACAAAUCCGUCAGAGGACGCUCUAAAAGAGUUGUCAGAGGCUGGAGAGAAAGCGGUGGGCGAGGAGGUGAAGCGCGCCUUGUAUGGUGUAGGCCAGAUGAAGGAUGUGCUGUGGAAGAACCAGCGCAAGCAUGAGCACCUCAUCAAGUCUCUGCUGCACAGCGGCGAAAAGAAAAAGGGCGCGGCACAGUUAACGCAGGACGUAACAGAGAAGCUGCAGGAAGCCGAGGCGCAGUGCAGGGUCUCCUUGCAGUCGGAAUGGGACGAGUGCCGACCUUGUUUGGAGGACGCAUGUAAAACCUUUUUCACCAACACCUGCCGCAGAGGCUUCGCUACCUUCCAGACGAAAGUUGAAAACUUCUUCCGCCGUGUGUCAAGACGCUUAAGCUUCAGUGAACCGAUAGCAGAAAUGGAUGACGGUCAGUUGAACCAAAACCCAGAUGACUCUGACUCGGAGGUGGUCCGCAUCCAGGAUGCCUUCACUCGCCUGAGCCGCAAAGUGGAAACACUGGUGAACAGCAGUGCAGCCCUGGCUUCCAGAAUGAGCGAUGGAUUGGAUCAGGCGGUCCGCAGGGCACUCUUGAGCGGACCCCCGAUGGCGAGCGCUACCCAGGAUCCAGAUGACCCUGCCCGUGACUCGGGCUUCCUGCAGGGCGUGGGCCUUGAGGAGGUGCUAGAGUCCUUCUUUGACUUUGGCCGUAGCGUGGUGGAGGAGUUUGGGGCAGUGGUAACCCAGGCGUUUGAUGGCCUCCAAGGACCGCAGCCAGAUGACAGAAAGAGAGAGAAACUAUUCCCACGCCUCCUCCGUAACAGGCUGCUGUGCCGGGAACUGCGGAAACAAUCGUCGGAGUGCUGGCAGCUGCAGAGCCAGUGUGAGGCCUGCCAGGGGUCUUUGUUGACAGAAUGUCCCAGCGUGAGGGAGCUACAUGUGGAGCUGGAGCAGGCCUCGCAGUUGCUGGGCAUCUCCCAGGAACAGUACGACGAGGUCCUGUCCAUCGUGCGGCGCCACACCGACGAGACGCUGGGCUGGCUGGGCAACAUGGCAGCCGAGUUCGGAUGGGUGGCGCGGGCUGACACAAGAAACCUUUUCCGCCUCACCAGGGUGGCGCCAAAGAGCCAAGACCAGAACAUGUCAGCAAGAGAGACCCAAGUGGAGGUGAACAUCCUCGACUCCCCUCCUUUUAUCUUCUCCGUGCCGGGGGAACUGCAGCUGCAGGACCCAGCCUUCAUACAGUUUGUGGCCCAGGAAGCCCUUGAUAAGUACAAGGGGAUGGUUAGGUACGAAGAGGAUGAGUGAGCAACACCCAAAAGAAGAACACCAUGUAGUUGCAGACCUUAAUUUUAAAAUGUUGAUAGUAGGCAUGUGCCGGUAUAAAAUUUUAACGGUAUGAUAACUUUAAGCAAAAAUACCGCGGUUUCACGGGAUUGCAAUUAUAGCUCUAAAAUAUAUUAUUUUGAGAUGUAUGGGUUAAAAUUUUCCCCUCAUUCAACAGGAUUUUUAUUUUUCAAAGCAUAUUUGCAAAUUGGAACAUCGACAUGAAUAUAAUGUUAAAGUAAAAAAAUAACAAAUAUUUUACACUUUAAAUAAAAUUGAAAUAAAUAGAACUAAACCCACAAUGGCGUAAGACUUUACCAAAGCACGCUAAUAGAGAGAAAACUAGUUAGCUGCCUUGGCAUGCUAACUAGCCACGUUAACAAGCUUACGUUAUAGUGUUUAACAUUGUUUGACACACAAAACACGCUCGAGUUAACUCUUGUAGCUGGUGGCAAACGUUCAUGAAAGCGUCUACUUACCUUAGUCUUUGUGUAAAGUGACGGAUGAUGGUCACGUAAAUGUUAAAUCAUGUUGGAGGUGUUGCCUGCACAUCGGCUGUACUUCCUCCUCUAAGCUGCGGCCGCGUUUCUUUUUAGUAGCCGAAAUACUCCCAUUCCAGACUUUUUUGAGGGGGUUUUGAAAAAGCUCAGGUGUAGUUUUGACAGCGACAGCAGUGUCACUGGCACAAAGGACAAAGCAACAACCGGCGGGGUGAGUGCUGCCACUCCAAGCCAAUUCUCGCUGCAUUUUUGGGACAUUAAAAAAUAGCUUAUACCGUACUAUGGUAUGACGGAAAAUUUUAGUAGUUUUGAAACCGUGACGUUUUAAUACCACGGUAAACCUUAAAACUGGUAACUGGCACAUGCCUAGUUGACAGAAUAUCAUGCAAAAUGCAAUUUUCACAAUAGCUAGACAUUAGAUUUACAGUAGAAACUUUCAGCAUUUAACGUUUCCGGUAUAGCUUUUAUUUUUUUUCCUGUACAAAACCCCCGCAUUAGUUUACAUUUUUCUCCCCACUGGUUUCAGUCCUACAUUUAGGAACAAUCACAUUUUGGGUUCUCCACAGCAAAACAAAUUUGUUCAAAACAAUAAAAAGUUCACAUCUUUUCAGAA